AUGCCAAUGGAAGUACACACACAACCAACUCAAACAAAUACACCAACUACUGGAAAUAUACCAUCAUACGAGAUACUAUGGAAUAAAGCUAUAUCAAGUUCAAAACCAAAUUUAGCAGAUUUAAUAAAUUUUGAUUGGACACAAUCAGAACAAACAGUUAAUAAUUUUGUAGAUUUUUUAAUUAAUUUGGUAACAUUUAAAUCAACAUUUGCAUUUGAAUGUUUUAGUUUAUUAAUAUCAGCAUUUGAACCAUACAAAAUUGCAAUAAAGAAUCAAAGUAAAGUUUCCUAUGAAAAAUGGGAAUUAAUUUCAAUGAAAGUUCAUUUUUCAUUUAAUAAAAUUUUAUCAGUCAUUCCAUUAAGUUCAUCGAUUUUAGCAAAAUUAAUUGUAAAUAAAUUUCCACAUAAAUCACAUCCAGCCGAUGUACAACAUUUCUAUUUAAAGAAUGCAUUAUAUGUAACACGUUAUUGUUCAUCUAUAACGCAAACCAUUGUAUCGGCUGCCGUUUCAUCUAUGAUUCAAAUCGAUGUUUCCAUCUCAUUGGAUGAGAUGCCAGAUGAUGAAGAUUUACAAUUUGAUAUAGAAGGUAAUGCAAGUACAAAUACAGCCGAGGAGCAAGAAGGUAAAAUCAAUGCACAAAAGUUGGAUAUUCUAAUGAAUUUAAUGUUGGAUUAUUUCGAUGUAAGGUUUGGUCUAGCUAAAAAAGAUUCUGGUAAUAUCUUUUAUUUCGAUGGUUGUGAACUUCAAGAUAAGUCAACUCAAGAUGACCUUUUUGCAAAUUUAGUUAAAAUAUUCGAUCAAACCAUUUUACCAACUUAUAAAUCAAAAUAUACUCAAUACCUUUUAUUUUAUAUUUGUCGUAUUCAACAUUUACAAAGUCAUUUUCCACCAUUAAAUACAAAUCAAUCUUUAUUACAACAAUUUCCAUCGAUUAGUGCAAAUAAUAAUAAUGGUUCUUCAUCAUCAAAUAAUAAUGGUGGUGGUGGUGGACCAACUAUGAUGAGUACAUCACCAGUAUUUUUAACACCAUCAUUUAAUAAAUUAGCACAACAACAUUCACCAAAUUUUAGAAAAUCACCAAAUAGUUUUGGUAAUAGUAGUGGUUUUAAUAAUUAUUCAACAACAAAUAGUGGUUCACCAAAGAAAUCAUUUAAAAACUUUUUACAUAUUGAACCAGUUCAAUUUAGUGGCACAAAUCAUCGUAUACUAUAUGCUGAAUCAUUUAUUAGAUAUCUUUUUGGUAAACUUUGUAAUGAAACUAUUCAUUCAAUGCAUAGACAUGCUUGUGCAGCUUAUAUUGGUGGAUUCAUAUCAAGAGCAUCGUUUUUACCAUCACAUAUUACUAAAUUGGUUUUCAAAGAUUUACUUGGUUUUGCAAUGGCCUAUGUUGAACGUGUCGAUGUAAAGAGUAAUCCAAAUAUUUAUCCAGAUCCACAUAAUCAUUCUUUAUUCUAUUCAGUUUGUCAAUCGAUUUAUUAUAUAUUUUGCUUUAGAAAUAGUGUAAUUUUAGAUUUUACUGAUUUCAAGAACGAUAAAAAAGAUGAAAAACAACGUGAGUUUUGGCAAGAUCUUCAUGCUGCCUUUAGAAAGAUUAGUAUGUCUCGUUUAAAUCCUUUCAAGGUUUGUUUGAAAUCAGUUGUACGUCAAUUUUGUUGUGUUUGUUUACGUGUUGGUAUCUUUACUAAAUGUACUGGUAUCUUAAAAACAAACAAGAAUGUAUUAUUAUCAAAAUCAACAAUCACUGGUAGUUCUGCUGCUCCAACCGUUUCAAAUAAUCAAUUUGAUUCUUUCUUUCCUUUUGAUCCUUAUCUUUUAUUCCAUAGUAGUAAAUUCUUUGCAAACUCUUAUAUUCAUUGGAAAGAUAUUCGUAAGGAUGGUGAUGAAGAGAAUUUAGAAGAUCUAUCCGAUCAAGAAACUGAUGAUGAAGAUGAUUUAUUAGAUAAACUCUCCUCAGAAUCUGAUGAUUCGGAAUUUUCAGAUUUUGAUGGUUCUGACUCUGAUUCUGACUCUGAUAAAGAUUGUGAAGAUUCUGAUUCUGAAGUUGAACAAUUAGCUACAUCUUUACAAAAUUUCACUCCUGAACUUUAUGAUCUUCAUUAUCAUUUUAAACAUCGUAAUUAA